AUGGAUAUAUCAGUAAUUACUCAAGUUCUGUUUAUUUUGAUGUCUCUACUUUUACACUGCAAAUCAAAUAACGUUCGAUGGAAACAAAACAAGGUCUUCCUUAAAUGUUUAGAGCAAACUAUUGAAAAAGACUGCAAACCCUUAUCAUACUUAGAUCUGGUAUUCAACGAUGUGCGAGACCUGUGGAAUAAAAGAUCAUAUUUCCAGCUACUAAAUCAGAAAUGGAAUCGCAAGUGGAGACAAACUGUACAUAAAAAAUAUAUGAAAAAUAGGAAAUUUUAUAGGAAGUUUUCGAAGAGCUUAGCAUGUCUUUGGAGAAGUGCGCGGACAUGUGGUAUGUUGACAAACACCGGUCUUAGAAAGCUUCAAAACAGGCUUGACUGUCUAUGGAGAAGUGGGCGUGUCUGUGGUGCUGAUGGAAAAACAUACAAGAACGCUUGCCAUGCUGCAAGACUUGGUGUAAAUGUACAAUACAGAGGAAAGUGCUCUUCCGAGUGGAUGCUUGGUGAGAGAGUUCCCCUCUGCUACGACUUACCAUGUCUAUGUAAAAUCACGAGAGAACCCGAUGCCUGUUGUUUCAAGAACGUUAAAAGAAAAGAGUGCGAAGAUAUACUUUCGAAAUGGGAAUCGUUUUGCAAUGGAACGUCUAAUUGUCGUUGUGAUUUUUGCGACAAUAACUACUCCCCAGUUUGCUCCGUAAAAGGAAAUACCUUUGACAAUCUUUGUAAAAUGGGAUGUAUUGAUGGUGAAGAGUUCGCUUGCAAUGGUACUUGUCCAUGCCCUUCCAGCCCCGGGCCCACCGUGUGUGGAACUGAUGGUUUGACAUACUCUUCACCGAACGAGGCCCUUAAAAGAAAUGUAGGUAUCUCAUGUGAUGCUCCAUGUCCUUGUUCGAGCGAUUGCACCUGCGACGAUACCCUUGAUCCAGUUUGUGGAGAGGAUGACGUCACGUAUGAUAAUGCUUGCAAAGCUAAAUGCUCUGAUGUAAGCAUUGCCUGCAAUAUCUCUUGUCCGUGUCCGAUGACCCCGUGUCAGUGUGAUAACGAGGCUGAUCCAGUAUGCGGAAGUGACGCUAAAACCUAUCUUAACAGAUGUCGAGCUGAGUGCGCAGAUGUAGAGAUUGCAUGUGAGACUUGCUGUCCGUGUCCAGAAAUACAAGCUUACUGUACCUACUGUAAUUAUGAGUUUAAUUUUGUCUGUGGACACGACAAUGUGACCUAUGCAAACGAAUGCUGUGCAGAUUGUGCGUAA